AUGGCUGCUAUGAUUGCUAAGUCUAGGAUUGAUAGGGAUGGUGAUAAUAAAAUUAGGACAUUUCAACGAGCUGCCUGGAAUUUUUCAUGGCACGAAUCAAGGGAAAGAGUUAAGAAAACCUUGCAGAAUAGAUUCAAUGAGGUAGUAGCUUUGAAGACAAGAAAGAAGAUAUCGCAUAAGAAAGUGGAGGUAAUUCAGUUGUCUUCAGAGAGUGAUGAUGACGACGACUUGUUGCCCCGAAGGAAAAAGAAAGGUUUGAAUAGGAAACUGAUAUUAGCCCCGGAAAGUGAACUUUCAGAGAGUGACAAUGAAUGCUCACCUUCGGAAAGAAGGAAAACUCUGUCCAAGGAAAUUAAACCAGCCCCAGAAAUUGAACUGUCAAAAAGUGAGGAUGAGCAGUUUUCAGGAGCAAGAUGGAAAGCUUCAUCUAAGAAAACUAUGCCAGCCUCAGAAAUUGAAUUGUCGAAAAGUGAUGAACAAUGGUGUCCAGGAACAAGAAGGAAAGCGUCAUCUAAGAAAACGAAGCCAGCGCCAGAAAUUGAAUUGUCAAAAAAUGAUGAUCAAAAGUGUCUGGGAACAAGAAGGCAAGCUUCAUCUAAGAACAUUAAGUUAGCCCCAGUUGUUGGAUUUUCAGAGAGUGAUGGUGAAUUGCCUCCAAUGAGAGUCAAAACCUCAUCUAAGAAAAUUAAGUCAAAUGAUGAGUGGUCAUUGCAAGUGAGAAGAAAAGUUUCAUCUAAAAAGGUGAAGCCAGUUACGGAAUCUGAGUUUUUGGAGAGUAAUGGGGUUCCAAAGAGGCAGCAGAGUGGUUUAAACAAGCGUAGAAGAAACUGUUCUGUAGGUGUAUAUUUUGAGGGUGAUUCAGAAGAGGAUGCGUUAGAAGCAAUUUGUCUUGUAAAAAUGAGAGAGCGAAAAAGGACUAGGAAUUCAGGUAGUGAGAUACACGAGAGAAGUCUGAAGGAGGCCAGAGAAAAAAAUAUUGGUUCUGUGAAUUCUUCUUCUUCUUCUUCUUCUUCUUCUUCUUUGGCAUCAGCUUCUUCUAGCUCAUCCGUUUCAGUUUCAAAACGCGAUAGUUAUUGCAAUGGUAUGUCUACAGUGAGAAAUGCAAAGGUCAACGGACAAGAAAUCAAAAGAUGCCAUCAGUGCAUGAAAAAAGAAAGAAGAAUUGUUGUCCUCUGUAAGAAUUGUGAAAGAGUGUACUGCAUCCAGUGCAUCAAGCACUGGUAUCCUGAGAUGACAGAGGGGCAGUUUGCAAAACGAUGCCCAUUUUGUUGCAAAAAAUGCAAUUGCAAUGUGUGUUUGCACUCAAGCGGGUUGAUUAAGACAUCAAAAAGGGAUAUCACCAGCAGUGAAAAGGUUCGGCAUCUCCAUUAUUUGAUCAAGUCACUGCUUCCUUUUCUGGAACAAAUCUGCAAAGAACAAACGGAAGAAAUGCAGAUUGAGGCCAGUAUUCGAGGUUCCCAUUUUGAUAUAGCUGAGAACUUUUGCUACAGUGAUGAGCGUGUAUAUUGCAACCACUGUGCCACUUCUAUUGUUGACUUUCAUCGCAGCUGUCCAAAAUGCGCUUAUGAAUUGUGCCUCAGUUGUUGUCGAGAUAUUCGUAAGGGAAGCCUUGCAAGCCGUGCUGAAAAGAAGUUUCAGUUUGUAGAUAGAGGCUUUGAUUAUAUGCAUGGUGGAGAUCCACUACCUUGUCAUUCCCAAAACCUUUAUGACCACAUUGAGCCUCUGGUUCUACCAUGGAAUGCCAAAGAAGAUGGUAGCAUUUCUUGCCCUUCAAAUGAAAUGGGUGGUUGUGGUGAUUGUGUAUUGGAGCUAAAGCGUCUCCUUCCACCGAGACGGGUUGCGGAGUUGAAAAGGAAGGCAGAAGAACUGUUGGGAAUUUGUGACACUGAACAGGCAAGUUUGAUGUGCAAGUGUAAUGAAACAGGGGAAGGGCUCUUAAGAAGAGCAGCUUAUAGGGAAGGAUCUGAGGACAAUCACUUGUAUUGUCCUGCUUCAAAGGAUAUUCUUGAAGAUGAACUUUUUCACUUCCAAAAGCAUUGGGUUAAAGGUGAGCCAGUUAUAGUUCGUGAUGUUCUAGAGGAGACAACUCAUUUGAGCUGGGAGCCGAUGGUCAUGUGGCGUGCAUUAUGUGAAAAUGUGGAUUCAGAUAUUAGUUCGAAGAUGUCUGAAGUCAAGGCUAUUGAUUGUCUUGCUUGUUGCCAGGUCGAGAUUAAUACCCGGCAGUUUUUUAAAGGCUAUAUGGAAGGGAGAAGAUAUCAUAACUUUUGGCCUGAGAUGCUGAAGCUGAAGGACUGGCCUCCAUCUGAUAAAUUUGAAAAUCUUUUGCCACGCCACUGUGACGAAUUUAUCAGUGCACUGCCAUUUCAAGAAUACAGUGAUCCAAAUGCUGGAAUCCUAAACUUAGCUGUAAAGUUUCCAGCGGAAAACUUGAAACCAGACUUGGGUCCAAAAACGUAUAUUGCAUAUGGUACAAGAGAAGAGCUUGGAAGAGGGGACUCAGUGACCAAGCUUCACUGUGAUAUGUCAGAUGCGGUGAAUAUUUUGACACAUGCUGCCGAAGUAGCAUUAAGUGAAGAACAACGCUCUGCCAUUGAGUUGUUGAAAGGGAAGCACAGGGCACAGGAUCACAAGGAACUGUUAGAACAAGACAAGGUAGACAAUCCUCACAAUGAAUUUGAUCAGGGAAAGGAUAUUUUGAAAGAAGAGACAAAUUUCUCAGAAAUUAGAGAGCCACAGAAGCACCCCUCUAAAAGUAAUGAAAAACUUGAGAACUCUGAAUAUGUGUUAAGAGGAGCUGCACUUUCUGGUUUGCCCUCAGAAGGGGAGACAGUGGAUACAGCUGGUGGUGGCGCUUUAUGGGACAUUUUCAGGAGGGAGGAUGUUCCCAAGUUAGAGGAAUAUCUUAGAAAGCACUUCAAAGAAUUCAGGCACACUUACUGUACCCCAGUAGAACAGGAGUUGAAGCUUGGACAUUUGAACAAAGAGUUGGAGAGGCUGUAUUUAUACCCGCUGGAUGCCCACACCAAGUACGGAAUCUUCGGGAAAAGUGUUUUCUUACAGAAGCACAACAUGAAUGGUGACACAAAGUAA